CCGUUCGCCGACGGAGGCAGCGGCCCGACCACACGUAGCGGGCAUGGCGCCAUAUAUGGGGUAUACCUCCACGCAAACCUCGCAUUCAACUUGAGGACCGACCAUGGCGACGCUUUGCCGCAGCACCCACGCCCUCCUAUCUCUCUCCAUCUCCCUCGUCCUCCUCUUUCGCGCGGCCUCCCUCGUCUCCGCCGACGUCAAGACGGCGUGCGCCGACACGCCGUACCCGGACUACUGCGUGACCGUCCUCUCGGCAGGCCCGAAGAGCAAGUCCGCCGACGCGCCCGCGCUGGCAGAGAUCGCGGUCCGCGCCGCCGCCAAGACCACCGCCGCGGCGGCCGUCCUCGCGCGCGACGAGGAGAAAGGCAUCAAGGACGGCGCGUGGUGGUGCAUGGACAAGUGCGCGGCGGACAUGGAGGACGCGGCCGCGCGGCUCGGCCGCAAAACCGUCAACCUCGCCCAGGUGCGGAGCUUCAUCGCCAGGACGGAGAGCGACUUGGUGGUGUGGAACUGCGACGAGUGCCGGCGGGAUGGUGCGUCCAAGAAGAAGGACCUGCUCUCCAAAGACUGCGACCUGGAGAAGAUAAUGGGUGUAGUCUCUGCGCUUGUCAAGCGUGUUGGUACCACCAGGGGUGCUACGCCAUCGCCGGCUCAGGCGCCGGCACCAUCCUCGUACUAAACACGUACAAGCGCAUGAUUAAGUAACCUAUUGACGUUGUCGGAGAUGGAGAAGAGGGAACUUCAAAGGGAGGUCGGGAAGGUGGCGGACUAGCGGAGGUGGUGGCUGGGGAAGGGUGGGGGUGGUGGAUGACAGCCGGUGGCAGCACAUAGCACUUCAGCCAGGGACAAAUGAGAGGGAGGGUGAUUCGAAAUUACGCACUUGCACAUCGAGUAUAUGCCAACCAGGUCGACGCCUACAACAUGCCAUUUUCAGGCUUUUUUCCUUUUGCUUUUGCUUUUUGCCUUUUUGCCUUUUUGUCUUUUUUCUUUUUCUUUUUCUUUUCUUUACUUUUUUACUAGUUAAAUGCUCGUGCGUUGCUACAGAUUUUUAAUUUUAUCCAAUGCAGAUGUAAACAUAAGGCAUGUCAAUAUUCAUGGUGAUGUGAAGCAUAAGCCAACAAAUAUAACAUCUUAAUUAACA